CGGUCUGGUUUUUUGACGUUCGUGUAAGAAAAAAAAGAACGUAAGGCCGCUGUUCCCUCGGCUCUGGUGAAAUUGAAGAUUUUUUCACUCGGACAGUUUUUAUCGUGAAGUGUAUCAAAAGAACUUUAAAACGGCAACUACUAAAAGUAUUUCGAUUGUAGUGGGUGCGGAAUAACUCCAUUUUCUUCGACAUUUGGAAGUUUCUCGUUCAGGAAAAAUUUGCUUCAUUUUGCUGUGCAACGAUUGAAGUAGCACCCGUAAGCGGUGCGUGUGUGUGUGGAAGAAGUGACAGGGGCGGUUUUCCGGCAGUCUUCGUCAGCGAUAUUGAAAAUCUUUUUUUCUAUUCAUCGUAUUCGCUAGUGCGGGGAAGCGAAAAAUACGCAGCUUGUGGAAAAUUUCUCCUGGCAUUGAGUGCCUGCACUGGCUUCCAUUGUGGUGGAACCUUGCCGUGUAGUAUGUCGCAGACGGGUUGCUAAUCAUCUAGCAGAAAAUAGAGGUGAAUAGGAACAAGUACGUGCCCUUCGUUCACGGAACAGCCGGAAUGAUGUUGUUCACGACAGCAACGUGUCAUGGAUCAUUGUAAAACGAUUCCGCUUAACAAUGAGUAUAUACUGAAAUGUCGAAUGACGAAAGAUCGAAACAGCGAAGGUUUAAAAGAACAAAAAGCCGAACAUCGAAUAUAACGAAAGUUCGAAUGCAACCAAUAGUCGAACUACCAUAAGGUCAAAUAUAUCAUAAAAAAUCGAAAGGGACAAGAAGUGAAAUAGGACGGAUGGUAGAAUACAACGAAACGUCGAAUACAAUUGAAGGACGAAUUCUGGAAGCCGAACGAGUGUUACGAGUUUCUUGAUCUGGCCGACGUUGAUGAUUGUGUGAAGAACGCACUGGCUUCUACUCUGUACAGACCAGCGUCGGCUGGCGGUAGUAGUGGUGGCGAAAACGGCAACGGCACCGCCGGAUUCAAAGGCAGUCGCAAACAUUACCGCACCCGACGGAGACAAUCGAAUGCAUCGUCGGUAAUGUCGUCCUCGGACGGAUCCGGAGUGUACGAGUACGUCACGUACGAUAGCCGCCGGUAUCCACCGUAUCCGCAUCUGGCGGCCGUCGCCGACUAUUCGUCCUAUCCGGAUUACCACCACAGUCCCCAUUUCCCGUACAGUGUAGCCCCCCUGGCGGACGGUUGCGUCAGUUCGUCCGGUUACUAUCGCCAACCACCGUCGCCGGCGACGGCCGCCAAGUCCCGCACCGGCACCAGUGUCAGAACCACUACGGACCAUCACGUCACCACCGGAAGAACAACGCACUACCAACAACAGCAGGUGCAGUCUUGGUCACCGGUUGUGGUGGACACGUCUUCCUCCUCCUACGUACUGCCACACAGUUCUGUGAACGGUAACUUGGAGACGUCCUACGCCGAAUACGACGACUGCGAGCAGCAACUUAGUUGCUCAACCGGAACCGUCAGUUAUCGGGGUGGCAGCGGGAGGAGCUUCGUCCAGACAGCCGUAGAGUUUGGUUCGAUUGCCGCGACGACGCUGACAACAACUUCUGUGGUGACUACGACGAGUAUGCCUCCUCACACCAACAAUUCUCAUUAUCAAUCACAACAGCAGCAGCAGCAACAACAACAACAGCAGCAGCAGCAACCACAACAACAACAACAACAACAACCACAACAGCAACCACUACCACAACAACAACAACAGACACAAAGCCAACAGCAAUCCGCGCAAGUUCAGUCGGGUAAUCAGCCUCCUAAUGGCCAUAAUGUAGCAGGAAGUGCCAGCAGGGGAUCUGGUGAGCAGCAAACCAUUGUUGCUGCCCCAUCAGCACAUCAAGCGAUGUAUCCUUCUCAAGGAAUUCCAACAGGUUACAUGCCAAGUGGACCGCAUACAAACCCAGUCUAUCCGAUGCAGGUCAUCCCGCAGCCACUACCAGGAAAUGUGUAUGUUAGCAAUUUAACAGCAAACGUGAAUGUUCAUGGUUAUAUGCCACACGGAAUGCCAUCCUACAUGGCUACAACUGGGACUCCACCAGGUCCUACGGGUGCGUACAUUGCUAGUGAAGUGCCGGCCGGUCACGAAAUGCAGGUGUUGGGAUCACGGGGUGAAGCGGCCCGUGGGGCAAUCAGACGUAAUGGAAGAAGUGGCCGAAUAGGGAGUACACCGCGCCUUCGAGGAGGAUACGUUUCGCAUCAUGUUACGCAACCAGCAGUAAUACAGCCGGGUCAACCGAUUCCGCAGCAACCGGUUCAGCCGACGCCGGCAGCAGUGCCCCAACCGAGCACCCAACAACCACAACCACAAUCAUCACAAGGUCAAAGUCAGACACAACCACCACAGCCACCUCAGCAGCACACACCGGACCUUGUGCAACACCAGAUGGCAAUGGAACAUCAGCAAAUGAUGAGUCCCGCACAGCCCUACGGAUAUGGUGGAGGUUAUUAUUUCCCACUGCAGUUCUAUCAGCCCCACCCAUCUGCUCAACAUGCGACGGGAGCUCCCAUUUUCCAGAUGCCAAUGUACUCGUCGCCUGUGUAUGGAUACACACCAAGUGUCGUGUAUCCUACGAUGUACCAACCAGAGUAUGCGGUCUACGUCGACAAGGGGGAUGAGCAUAAUCCUCAACCACCGGAGGAAGGCGUUAUGCAUCCCGGAAUUUGGCAACCUCCGACAAUGUUGGAAUACAAUCCCGAAUCCGUUGAGUACAUUCCGCAUGAGGACGACGGUGCUAUGAUGCAACCGGUACCACCUACCAUGCAACCGAUAGCACAUGUGCUCGAUCCAAAUGUGCCCAACUUUACCAUGCAAAUGGGACCGCCGACUCCGAUACAAGCAGAAGAGUACGGUUCGAUGACUCCGACACCAUCCGACGAGUACAAUGCGAUGAACAAUAAUGCAAUGAUGUCUCCAGCUGCCAACCUUAUGUCGUCUCCCUCUUCGAAUGCUUCAUCUCAGCAGAAUUUGACUCAGAGCGAUAUCUACCUUGUGCCACAUCAACCUCAGCAAGAACCACUUCCUCAAUCAAUGCAUCAGCAGCAUGCUCAGCUAAUAGAAAUACACCAGGAUGAGAUCAUUCAUCAUGAUCCACAAUCAGCAUUGGUGGUUGAUCACGAUAAUAACUAUAUCAUCGAGCAAUCGCCGCAACCGCAACUAUACAACCAACCAAUGACACCACCGCAACCACCACAGCAAUCUCAACAACAUCACAUGCACACCCAAUCGGAGUCUCCCAUCGAGGAUUGCUAUAAUCCUUCGGCGAUGACUCAUACCCAGACACCAAUGCCACCGUUGCCUGCACAAAUGCCAGAACACACCGAAAUGGAACCAGAAAUGUCCGAACAAGAGGAGGAACCAGUAGCUCCCAUGCCAGUGGAGGAACCAAUCCCAGAACCUUUACCGGCUCCGGUGGUUCCUGUUACACCGACAGUAGCAGCACCCACGCCGAUUCCAAUACCGUUGCCGAUAACUAUAACCCAUGUCCCACCACCUCAGCUCAACAAGCCACCUCCACCGAUUCCAAUCGAGUUCUUGAAAUACGAACAACAAAAGAAGGAACAACUACAGCAACAGCAGCAGCAACAACAGCAACAACAACAGCAACAGCAGCAGCAACAACAACAACCGCAGCAGCAACAGCAACAACAUCCACAGCAACAGCAGCAGCAACAACAACAACAACAUCAACCGCAGUCAAUAAUAAAUGACACCAACAAUCAUCAGAAAAAGCGUACUAACGAAGUGGCAUCAGUGGCCACUCCUGCCACCGUCAACGAUAAGACGAACAGCGGUAAUGAUGUAGGCGGCGGUAACAGCAAACCAACAGUGUCAAGUCAACAAGGCCUUGUAAGUAGUAGCAGUAAGAGCCAGACCACGGCGGAAGAAGUGGCUAGACUUACGAGGGCGGUGCAGGAGAAGUUCGUCCUCAAGGAUGACCGCCGGGCCAAUGCAUAUCGAAGCACCUGGUCGUCGUAUCCUCCCGCAACGACCAUUUCGUCGUUUACGUCCUCUACGACCACGGUCAUACAGCAUAGCACGCAGCAGAAAAAGGCAACCGCGUCGGUAUCGGUGUCGGCUAUUCCGAACAAAGAGUUCACCAGUAGCACCAGCAGCAGCAUGUCGGGUCCAACUAAGCCUUACUACAAGAAUACCUCACCGGUGCCGUUUACCACACUUGGAACAACGUCCGCUCCUCUUUCGAUGCACAAACCACCACUGGUACCGCAGAAAUCUUUCAGCUCGUCGGAAUCGCCUGCUGUCGUCCCAUCGGGUCCCUUGAUGGAGUCGAAAAAAGUAGAAGCUAUUCCUCAUCGUGAACUGCAAAAUACGCCUCUUCCACCACCGGGACCACCACCAUCGCUAUCGGUGCCACCGCCGCAGCCUCCCUACGCACCAGGGCCUUCCUAUGCACCCCCACCGGUAACCAAAGCUGCACCACCAGCAAUGUCCUGGGCCAGUCUGUUCAAUUCUUCUUCCUCGUCGAACUCGUCUACCCCGGCCACCAAUGUCGUACAGCCGGUCAUCAGUGCCGGUCCAGCGCUUCCAACGCCGUCUCCGUUCGCACCCAGUUUCAUACCGCAUCUUCAGCACAGCAGCCAAUCUACGGCAUCAUCAUCCCAACCGAUCAGCAUGUCCGGUGGCAACAGUUCCAUGUCCGGCAGCGGUCCGUCUCUACCACCACCGGCGCACGAUGCUGCCGCGAAGCGACCGAUCGCUAAGGUACUCCCGUUUGAUAAGAACAGUAGCAGCCCCAGCACCGGAAUAUCCUACUCGGCUGCCUCCGCCCAGGGUCUUCCGUCGUCGACCAGUGCCACGACUAGUUCGACUUCCAACCGGGAUAAACAACAACCACACGGAACCGUCCAGUCCAAACCGGAACAGUUGGACGAGAACACGCUGAAGCUGGGAGAAUUCCUCAGCGCCUAUCAGAUCGAGAACAACAGCAUCAGCCUCCAGCCACGUGGGCUAAUCAACCGGUCCAACUACUGCUACAUCAAUGCCAUCCUGCAAGCUCUGGUAGCUUGUCCGCCAUUCUAUCAUCUGAUGCGGGCCAUUCGUUCGCUCCCGGCGGCCAGAAACAGCAAGCACCCGAAGCCGUUCAUCGAUGCCAUGACCGUUCUGGUAUCAGAAUUUUCCACACUAACACCGCGUUCCAAGGUACAGCGCGAUAAAUCCAAAAAGGACGAGACUCCAGAAAUUCAGUACGAUUCCCCACUGGAACCGGUGAUGAUUCACAAAAUCUUAAGCCUACUUCGGUCGGAUAUAUUCCAAGUCGAAGGUCGUCAGGAGGAUGCCGAAGAAUUUCUCGGUUGCGUUUUGAAUCGGCUCAACGAUGAAAUGCUGGAGUUAAUGAAACUCAGCAAGAACGAGUCCGAAGUGAACGGUGAGGAUACGUCAAAUGGAGAAGUGCACGGUGAUGACCAGGAUGAUUGGAAGGUCAUCCGUGGCAACCGGAACAAGGGCACUGUCACCCGGACUACUGAUUUCGGCCGAUCGCCGAUCAGUGACAUCUUCGGUGGAAAACUGCGAUCACGUGUGCACCGCGAGGGAGAUCACGCGACUGACAACAUCCAGCCGUUCUUUACGUUGCAGCUCGAUAUCGAGAAAGCCGCCUCGGUAAAAGAUGCUCUCGAUUUGCUCGUCGGAAAGGAUCAGCUGGAAGGCGUUACCUGUUCGAAAACCAAGCAGGAAAUAGCCGCUUGGCAGCAGGUUACUCUCGAGGAACUGCCAAUCGUAAUGGUUUUGCAUCUGAAGUGCUUCGAUUACAAGUUGGACGGCUGCACCAAGAUCCUGAAGACACUGGAGUUCCCGAUCGAGCUCAAAAUUGAUUCCAAACUCAUGUCAUCGAAGGGUAAGACCUAUACUGCGAAGCAAAAGCAGUACAAAUUAUUUGCGGUGGUGUACCACGACGGGAAGGAGGCCUCCAAGGGACACUACAUAACGGACGUAUUCCAUGCCGGGUACGGUAGCUGGAUACGGUACGAUGACAGUACGGUCAAAGCUGUUCCGGAGUUCAACGUUCUGCACCCGAAAGCCCCACGGGUACCGUAUCUGUUGUACUAUAGGCGACUUGAUACCCACUAUCAUGGUGGUGGUGGUGGUAGCAGUAGUGGUAGUGGCACAACUACAGCUGGCAAUAGCGGUGCUGUUACUACAAGCGGAAGUUCUACAGUCGUAGCACCUGGCUACGCUGGUGGAAAUAACAAUAACAAUACUAACAACAACAACAAUAAUAAUAACAACAGCAGCAGUGGAGGCAGCAGCAAUUACAGUUCUAGUGGUAAUAGCUAUAACAGUGCAUCCAGUGGCUACGGUGGCAGUAGUGCGAAGUGAAUGGUAGUAGUGGAUGUCUAACAAAAAAAAACUGUAAAACUGCCAUCCUUCCGAACGAAGGUAAACCGGCGCGGUUGAAGCAAGUGUUAGAAGUUAACGAGAAAGACGUUUUUUAUCUAGUUGUAAGUUUGUGAGUGUGUAUGGUCGCCAUUGAUUUGCGUAUUUUCUGCACAAUUUUUGAUCGUUGUGAACAGUGGUUGUUUUGAGAAAUUUGUGUGUGACACGUUGAGAGCACCGCGAUAAGAUCGCAAACGUCAACGAAAAAAUUACAUCCAACUAGGAAUUAGCAGCAAACUAAGAAACAAACAAACAAACAAAAAAAACGAAAACAGAUUACAUCAAAGAGGCGAGAAAAAUUUGUUAUUGUAUCUUACGUAAUCACGUUUUUUCCCAAUUUGUUACUCAUUUUUACUAGGUUUGGAUUUAUACAUUUAAUCAACAAUAUUGUUCUAAUUCUCUUAGUAGGGUAGCUUCAUUCUUUUUUUAGCGAUAACCUAUGUAUCUCUUAUCGGUGCAAACGCACUGCAAUGGAAAUAUUUUCUUCGAUAGUACAUAGUCCUUAGCAGGAGCUUUCACACAGUUUUUCUUCUUCAUUAUUUUAUUUGUGGCUACGCGCAUACGAUGGAUUAUAUCUUUCCAUUUAAAUACGAUACGAAGUAGUUUAGAAUUAAAGUUCGUUUAGACAUUGCCAUGCAUCAUCCGCAAGUGGCAGUGAAAUGUUGUCUAACGCCAUAAGUGUGUUCGUCAGUUACAUACACACACACACUUAUGGCGUUGGAAAAUUGAACCAGGUCAACGGCAACAACAGUAGGUGUUGUUUAAUUUUAUUACAACCUAAUUCAAACUAUUCUUUACGUUAGUCACAUAACUAUUCAUUUGAUAUGUAAGCUUUUGAAACCCCCCUCCCCCCAGCUAAGAAUAAAAAGUGGAAGUAGAGUAAAAACAAUCCUUAUGAAAAAUAGAAAAAAAAAACUGAACCGUAGAUAGAUUCAUCCCAAUCCGGGUAUCCCGCUCUCGGAUGAGGAUGCAAUUCACGAGUGUAAAUAGCAAUGUAUUCACAAACACUAUGAAACAAAAAGUCUGUAAAUAGAAGAUAGAGUUCGAAUGGGCGUCGUGUUGGCAGAAGGCAAGUUAGUGUUAACAAAAUGCUUUGGUCGUAGAAUGCGUUCAUAUAACAUAUAGAUCGAGAAUCAGACAGCAGAUAUGUAACGAAAAGGAGCUUGAGACAAAAAAAAAUUACUGAAGCGAAGUUUGCACAUUUUUUUUAUUGUUACAAAAUUACGGAAAUAUAACAUAACCUGUGGCCGUUUUGUUUAUUGCGUAUAAGAGAGCGAGAGAAGAGUAAUCAUCUAGGCUUUUAUUUAUCUAAAUUGUUCCAACUGUUCCGGAGAUCCAAACUAACCCCACACUCAUUCACACACACACAGUCAGUGGCAAAACAAAAAUGCUUGCAGUAUGCAGAUGCACAGAGAAAAAUAUCUGGUAGUGUAGUAAGUGUGUCAAAACUGGUAAUCGGUAUAUCGGUACUGAUUAUAGUAUAGGGUUUAACGUGUUUGUAGGAUGUUGUACUGCAUAGUCAUUUAGGGGAAAUAGAGUGUUGUCGUACUGCGCGAAAAGCAAAACAAACAAACAAAAAAUAACAUUAUUAUAUAUACCCCGAUAAGAUAGAAUAUUUUUUUUCCUUGCAGACGGAGGGACUGAUAGAGAUUAACGAAGAAGAAAGUCAACCGAGUGGAAGGUGUUAUCGAGAUAUGGGCAACGGGAAAUUUUUGCAUUGGUUAAGGGUUUACCGGCGAUUACGCUGUUGUGUCGGCGGCGCUGCGUUCGGUGCAAAGUCAUUUGGCAUAAUGCUUGCUUGCCAUAAUGAUCGUUUGGCAUGUGCAAAAACUUUCAUUACAGUCGUAAUGUGACGUAGUCACUCACACAAACUAGAUCAAGGAGGUCUAAGUAGUAGUAGUCUCGCUGGCAAAUUUUUGAUAGAUAUUUAAUCAAUACUUUCUCGUCUACUAAUGACAGUGAAAUACAGCGAAUUCUUAUUUUCGAUAAGUAUUUCUGUUUUUACGACUGGUUUGCUAACCGCUGAUAAUAUAUUUAUCAAAUGAUUUUAUCCCAAAUGGCGUUAUGCCCAACGGCCACCACAGUAUGUAAUACUAUGUAAAAUUGAUGGCAAAUGACCAUUAUGCCAAACAGCGUAGCUUGGAAAUUAAUUUAAUUUUCGUAACUAUUUUCCAUAUUCGCAUACUAGUUCCAUAUGAAUUUUUAUUAUUUUUGGGUUAGAAUAAAGAUUCCACCAAAAAAAAUUUAUAAAUUUCUUUCAUUAAUUAUUUCAUUCUAAUGUUUUUUUUUCGUUUGAAAAAAAAACAAACUGAAACAGCGUAGAUUUACAAACAAACACUUUUCACGAAACUGUGUUGGUUUCACACUUAGCAACGGGGUUUAGGAAAACCCGGUAUAAAAACCAGGUUUGAAACUGUAUUCAACAACGUUAAAACUAGAUUCGAAACUAGCUCCAAAAAAAAAAAGGGUUUGGCAGCAGUUAAGGUGGGAACUGGGUUAGGUUCGGCAACAAGCGAAAACGACAUAACCAAAGUAUACACAAUGAAGUUCUUAAUUUCUUGGAUUGUCGUUUUAAGAUAUUUUAUUUGCAAGGUUGCUCUAAGUGACGGUUUGAAAUUUUGAACACAUUUCACUCCCUAGCUCCGGAACCGGAAGUCGGAUGCUUUUAAGACUUUUCAUUUGGGACACGGUUUAGCCGUCUCUGAGAAAAAUGAAGGUAGUUCCGAGUUUUUGACACUAUUUCCGGUAUAUCAGGAACCGGAAACAUAAGACUUAUGUAGCUAAAAAUAGUUCGUUUGGUCAGCCGUUUGGACAUAAAGUAAAAGUUGAAAUUGUUUUAGGCCAUAGGCGCCAAUUCGCAUCGUUAAACCAUAUUUGAAAUAACUGGGACUGGGGACAAUUUUCUAAAAAUUUCAACUCUUUAACCGUCAUAUUGAUAAAGUGGGGGUGGUUUUAAUGAUUUUCAUUCGGUGUCUAUUAAUUUUCAAUUGCUCCACCGAAAAAAAAUCUGGGAUGUUUUCGGCAUUAAUUUCUUGAAUAAAAAAAUACUUUAAAAAAUUAAAACUUAUUUUGUCAUACAUCCAAUUUUUGUACCACUCUGGUUUUCUGAAUAAUAAAUAGAUCGUUUUUGGACAUGUUGCUUCGGUUUCAUUUUUUUUUUCAAAUGUGGAAAACUACAAUUUUUUAGUUUUUUUAAAUGAAAAAUUUACAUUGGAUCAUGCGUCUCCAUUAAAGUUCCAUUAGCAGGGAACGCAUUUUGCAUAACUAAAAGCGGAUGAUUGUUUUGCUGGUAUCAUUUUGGUUUUCGACAGAUCACGCUUGAAUCGUGUCUUGUGUCAUUGUUAAACUUGUUUAGUUUGGGCUAUAAUUUAAUCAUGAAUUGACAUUGAAACGUUUAGAGAAUGGGCGCUAGCAAAGCCCACUUUUCUAUCGAAAAAUUGCGUUUAGCUCAUUUCUUGAUUGAAUGGAUACGUCUACAAGCAAAAUUGCCGCAUCUGAAGUGAAGACCAGCCAGUAGCAUUGCAAGAGCUACCAAUGUAUCCCAAAAAAAGUCACUGUUUGGUGUGGAUUAUGAGCCGGUGGCAUCAUCGGGCCUUACUUCUUCAAAGGCGAUGAUGGGCGGAACAUUACUGUGAAUGGCGAGCGCUACCGUGUGAUGAUUGACGAUUUCUUUGGUCCAAAACGGAAGAAUUGGACAUGUAGGACAUGUGGCUGCAACCAAACGGUGCCACAUCCCACACGGCACGCGAAACAAUGACCAAAUUGAGAGCCGCCUUCGGUGAACAGUUUAUCUCACGUUUUGGACCCGUUUUUUUAAUCGCCUAGAUCGUAUGAUUUAACACCUUUGGACUAUUUCUUGUGGGGCCAUGUUAAGGCUCAUGUUUACAAGGAUAAUCAAGCAACAAAUAUUGAAGCACUUAUUCGUGAAAUACCGGCCGAUAUGUUGAAAAGGGUGUGUCAAAAUUGGACCUUGCGCAUGAAAGAUCUAAAGCGGAGCCGCGGCGAAAACAGCUUCAAACAUUAAAUUAUUUUGAUCGUUCUAUCGAUUCCAACAAAAUUCAUCAAUUUUCGCAUUUUUUGUGUUUUUUGAAAAUCAAAUCCUACCACUCUUUAACCUUUAUUAUAAUCCCCACAAGACCUUAAUUUGUAAAAAUCUACUCUACCCAGUCUACUCGACGAACUGAGUCGAAUGGUAUACGACUCUAUUCACUAGUCGAUUUUGCAAGUGAUUACAUAACCUUUCGUAAUAAAAAAACAAAAACUCCAUUUGGCAAUAAAAUCACCGCGAUUGAGUAAUUCGAUCGAUUUGAAGUGUUUUGAUCGUAUGUGAAACUGGUUUUUUGUUGCGUUGCGAUGUGACGAUGGUAUUUGGCUGAUUGCACACUGAUAUUAUCAUGUUGUCUGUUGAUUGACUAAUGAGAGUUACUUAGGAAAUGGUAUUCGUAAUUGAUACCAUUCCAAUUCAUAUUGAAAAUUUCAACAGCAUUACCGACUGCCCCCUAUCUCCAUCGUUCACAGCGAAAAAUGAAGGAUAAGGAAGAGAGGAAAGGUUGAUGCUUCACCUAAUUUACGGAAAGACGACUACUCAUCAGAUUCUUCCAUAGGGUGUAGAGGAGUUGUUUCUGGCGCAGGAUUUACAUGUAGGGUGCAACAUCAAAAUGCGGUUAGGUUUUGAACAUAUGCAGACCAAAUUUAAUCAGAUUUUCGGUAUCAUUACACCUGCUGGUUGGAAAUAUAUCUACGGAUCCAUUCGAAACGAUAAAAUUAUAUAUUUACAAAGUCUGAUUUUUCCUGUUUUUAAAACCAUUCUCAUGUCUCCUUCUAACAGAGACGAUAAUUUCAUAUACAUAAGAUCACUUUGCAUUUCUACUAGUUAAACAGAGCCACUUCACACAACCAAAAAGUAACCGAUUUGCACUCAUUGCCAUAGAGAAUAGUGCUGUGCACAUCAGACAAUGGACCUACAUCGAAUUUUCUAUAUGCGCCGUUUGCCUCGUACGAGAUCAUCGGGAUUCUGCUAAUUUUUAGCUUAAUUUUUGAGUGCUCGAUGAUUUUGAUCAGCACAUCUUACCUUCAACAACAAAAAAAAAAACGAUCGUUUUCAGGGCAUCCAAGAGUCUCAAAGCAUUAUUUCCGGAAGUAUGUUUCGCAUUGUUGGUGCGGCAUAGAUGUUCAAAACAAAAAUCAACAGUGAUUUUGACAAUAGUUGGAUAGUCCAACAUCAACAAUUCAAACAAAUUUUGCACAGAGACUUUUUUUGAGAAGCUUAAUCAUUUGAGCGCUACCGUAAAUUAGAGAUAACUCUCUCUUAUUGGUACCCUUACGUGCUACUAUGACAGAUGUUGUUUCAGUAGUCAUUUGCAUAUCUGUGCGUACAGUAAACAAUGUCCGCGAUAAUCGUUUCUCUCGCCAGCGAUUUUUGAGUGCAAAAGAAUCUUAAUCUGCUGAAAUUCAUCGAGCCUGGUUAAUGGGACCUACUGUAAUGAGUACAGGAAAUGUUAGAAAACAUCGUUUCGUGAUUUCAAACAUGGAGAAACAAGUGUUCACGAUUAGAAGGGUGAUUUUGUGGAAAAGUGAAACAGAUUUAAUAGGAAACGAUAAAAACCUGCUUCAUAUGAUAAUAAUUUUAUGACAAAACGUCCCCCUAAUUUUCGAAUAUGCCUUAUGAAAUACAGCAUUUUCUUUAGAAUUUUGAUAAAAUUUUCAUACUUUGCGUACAAAAAAAAACUGCUUCUGGUAAAAUAAUUGUAAAAUUAUUACAAAAUAAUAAAACGAUUCUAUGCGUCUUUUGUUGUGAAAAUCUGAAAUGUUGUCACGUUGAUUUCUUCUACUUUCCGGGACAAUAGCCGAUUAUUUUUCGGCUUCACUAUCAGGUAACUUUAACCUUUCUAGUGACGAGCAUUCCGGUAUAAAGAAAUGUAUUCGCUCUCUUAAGUGACUACGGAAAGCAACCAGAUUCCGAACAAAAACUUCGCCAUUUACAUUCACGGUGAUAUGAUAUUUGAUUUUCAAAUUGAAAAUUGAAACAUAUGAUCCUCGUUCGAGUAAUCAUUUUGUAUGGAAAAAUUCGAAAUUCGAUCCGAAUACAGAAUGAAAAUUGUACAUUCUAUCGAAAUAUAUAAUUUAGAAUAAUUAAUGCGAAAUACAUAAUUUAAAAUGGUAAUUAAGAUACGUUAUCAGGCCCAAUGAUCUACUAAGCCGAUGUCAAUAGGUUUUUUUUCUGUUAAUUUACAGCAUUUUCGUGACAUUCAAAUUCUGCGUCAAAAGCUCUGAGCAACCAAAUCCGGACUCAGAGAAACAACCCCGGAAAUUUCACCUUUACCGGAUGUUUGACAGUGGGCUGAACGAAAUCGUCACUGUUUCCCAACCAGACAUGCUACCUUCGUAUUCACAUCCAAAAAGUUGUUUCAUCCUGGAAAAUUUUGUUCGGUCAAGCGGAAUCCUCCGUUCGGCUUAUGUAAUUUCCAAAUAGGUUGUGUUACGCAGAAUUUUCGAGCAUGUAGAACAAUUCGAUGCUCAAACUACAGUUUUUUUCCGUGUGGGACUGGUAAGUAAGUGUGAGUAGAUUAAUAUCCAGCAACGAUUUAUGCUAAAAGUCAUCGAACGGAAUUCAUUCAGGGGGUUUCGGUACCACGUGGGUAACCGGUUUGUGCUUAGUGCACAUGACUAUUUUACUUUUUUUUGCGUUUCGUCUUCGACUCAUCAGUGCAUUAGCAGUUUGUAUUGAACUGCUAAAGCCACCUCACGGUUUAUCACAAACCGCUAAGUGAACGCGAAUUUAAUGCUAUUUUCAAAACAUUUUGCAUUCAAAGGCAAAUAAAAAGACUGUUUUGGAUAGAACCAAAAGCGUAUAAAAUCAAAAAUGAAAUUUUAUUUCCUAGCUAGGCCCAGUGCGAAUUCCUUCCACCCGGUUGAACCAAACGAUUGGACAAGCAGUUUACUGAACCGCUAGGGCUGUGUAUAAUAUUAACCAAUAGUAGUGUAGAGAACUAAGACAAACUUCUAAUUUUAAACCACACACUAUACUAGCGCUAACGUAAGAAACAAAACAAUAUAAGUGAGUAGCAGCAGAGAUAGAUCGAAACGUCAGCCUAAGGCUAUGGUCAUGUCACUGUAGAGCAACAAUAAUAAUUCAGCCGAUCAGCAAAAGCAUUAUGCAACAGCGAAAGCAUCCAACAUCCAAUCACUGGUCGUUUGUUGUAAGGUAUGGCAGUCCAGUGGCUGCUUUAAUUCGAGCUUCUCGGAUAGCUCAGAGUACCAGACAGUGAACCGCAGUGCAACCAACAAUAUUUGUCACGCAGUAUACUAGCCAAAAUAAUGUUAGUUAAUAAGGGAAAACAAAACAGCAAUUCCGUUUUGCUUUCGGGUUUGUCGUCAGCCCAACAUUAAUCCUUCAGUCCGAUGCAGAACAAACCGAAAACAACACGCUAAACAUGAUAAACAGGCAGUUGCGUUGCGGUAGACUUUUUUCUAUUAGACUAAUGCCGAAUCAUGCUGCCUAGUGCCAGCAGAUGUGUAGGAGCUCUAGGGAUUUUUCGUUGUUCUCGUGCCGAAGAAAAAGAUCACACAAAUGCAAUGGAAUGCAAAUUGGUACGUUCAGUAGAUAAGUGCACUUAUUAAGAAUUAAAAGUGAUUUAUUCAGAAAAAAGCAAGCAGCAAAAGGCAUUCGAAAAAAAUAAGAAAAAAAAACGAUAAAAAAACAAAGCAUAGGUGUGACUAGUACCCUCCCUCCCCCCCCCCCCCCCCACAUACAUUAACCGAGCAGUUAAUCUAAUCUGGUGACAUGGAAAAUGCUAAGCUUAGGGAUUAUUUUCAUUUAUCUAUUAGACGACUUUCUAAUUCAGUUAUACAAACACUACGGAACGGACGUGUAAAUGAAGGAAAUGGUACUGAGAGUGAGUUUGUUUUUUGUUUUCCCAUUGAUCAUUAUUGCUAUACAUACUAUUCUAAGUUAUAAGAAAUGUAAUUGAGUAAUACGUUGCCUUAAGUUCAUCCACACAUUACCAAGUAUAGAACUAAACUAUUUUUAUUUGAUAUAGAUUUUUUUCUCCAAAUUGUAUAAACAUUUAGACCAAAAAAAAGUAAAAAAAGAGUACUCACGUAUUAGGAAAGAAAUAGCCAUCUGAAAAUAUACACAAUCCCAAAAUCGUCUAACCAAACUAUGAAAUAUCUGGCAGUUGCAUGCGAGUGAAAUCGGCGGAUAAAAAUGAUACACAAGGAAUAAAUCUUAGAAUAUUUAAUAUACACCAUU